UGUCAUAACAAAAAAUAAAUCCAUCCUAAAAAUAAUAGAUGCGUUAAAUUAAUAAGCGAUAUGCAAGUCAGUGGUGAACUCCAUGACGAACUUCAAUGAACAAGAAUAUGAACUACACCCUUGCCAAUUAAUGUCUCAAACUUACUUCAAUAUAUAAACUCCACCACCUUAGAUUUGUCUUCGUAGCCUUAUUUAGCAAAACUAAAUUCACAAAAUUAUGUUUUGAGGUUUUCGUCAAAUCUAUCGCAAAUGUGCGGCGCUAAUUAUCUAGCUGAGGAGAGGAACAAGGCCCAAUUCGAUGUCAGCGAGAUGAAGAUCGUCUGGGCCAGCUCUCGCCACGCCUUUGAACGCUCAGAUCGGAUUGCUCGACUAGUCGCCAGUGAUCCGGGAAUGUUUGUACCAGCUAUUAAGGGACAGGGGACAGGUGAACAACAACAGAAAUGGUUGCCAUUGGCAUAUAAGAUGGAAAUAAUUGGCUGCUCUGCACAAACUGAGCUUGGUCAUGGCUCCAAUGUUCAAGGGCUUGAAACCACUGCAACAAUUGAUCCUCAGACUGAUGAGUUCAUUAUUCACAGUCCUACACUUAGUUCAAGUAAAUCAGCUUGUAGUGGCAGCACCAGGUUCCUAUCAGAUUCCCAACAUAGUCUAAUAAUAGAUGGCAAGGACCAUGGAGUGCAUGGUUUUAUUGUACAGCUACGGAGCUUUGAUCAUGUGCGUAUCCCUAGGAAUCAAAUGUUGAUGCGAUUUGUUGGUGAGUGGUUGAAAUGGCUGUAUACUAAUGUGACACAAAGAUUGCAAGCUAAUGAUUUCUCUACAUUGCCCGAGGCUCAUGCAUGUACUACAGGAGUUGAUUGGCUCUUCACUACUCAUCAUUAUUCUCUCACGAUGACCUGGCUAAUGAGGUUUGAACAACCAUGCUGGAUGGAUGCUAGUAAUUAACUUUUACUGAACACAAACUUCACAUCAAUUCGUAGUCACACAUUUACCCUGUGCUUCAUGGUCCAUAUAUUUCAUUUGCUUCAACCAUGUUUUCAUGAUCCUUUUGUAUAGGGAUGUCAUUUAUGGUUUCUGCUAUUGAAAAAGGAGGGGGAAAAAAAAAAGGGAAAAUAUUGUCUAAGGUUUUUGGUAGUCUUUGGCGGCUUUGAACUUGGAAGGAGUUGACAAAUUCUUAGAUAUGGGAGUAAUGUAUUUUCGGCCACUUCUCCAACUCUAGCUUCCAAGUCUCUAGCAAAUCUCCAUUUGACUCAUGCUACCAUUGAGAAUGAAGAAUUAGCUCCAUGCAAACCCAAAGAUUCAUUGCCUUUUCCACCUUGGCCCACCUUUGCUUAUGGGUGCAAUGCUAUUACUUGCAUCCAAAACUCUCAUGAUCUAGUAGGUCUUAAAGACCCAAGAAGUCCUCUUUUGAAGCCCAAGUGAAGUUGCAGCCAUCCAUCACUCCAUUUUAAAGCCCAAAAAGGUGCUCAAAGCCCAAUUGGAAGAGUUGGACGAAAAUAGAUGAAAGAAAAACUUUGGAGGAGACAAGAGUCCACCUUUUAUGGAAAUAAUAGUGACAUUUUGUCUUAUUGCAUUUAUUUAGAGUAUGACAAGACUUAUUUUGUGUGGUUUAGAGUGAAUCAAGGGCUAGCUUAUUAUUUUAUUAAAAACCUAUGUAAACUUAUAUUUUUGCCACCACUUACUCUCUAUAUAAAGUGGCCAUGCUUUGUAAAAAUGUUGGUUUUUGCUCUUGAAUGAAAAUUUGAAGAGAGCUUGUUGGCUUUUUUUUCUCA